AUGUUCGCUGAUGAGGUUCAGUGGGCAAAUACCUCGCAGAUAGUCUAUGGCCCUCUGAUCUUCAUCACCAAACUAUCAAUCCUUCUGCUUUACUUACGCGUAUUUGCUCCCUCCUUCAGAAGCAAGACCUUCUUCUGCAUCCACGCGCUUAUCUGGCUCAACUUGGGGUUCUACUUUGCAGACACGAUCGUGAAGAUAUUCGAAUGCUCGCCUCGAGCGAAGAUCUGGGAUAAGACCCUCAAAGGGCACUGUAUCAACAUCAAUAUCCCCAUCAUUGUGACUUCCUCAAUCAAUGUGGCGUCAGACUUCCUGAUACUGGUUUUGCCUAUUGUGAGUGUGUGGCGCUUGCAAAUGAGAAACCCCAAGAGAUGGGGCACAUCAGCGAUUUUCGCUGCUGGCAUCUUCGCUUGUAUGUGCAGUAUCAUGCGCCUUGUGGUCAGUGUACAGAACAAAACCGUCAAGGACAAAACCUACGACUGGUUCCCAGAAUUCUUAUGGACGUCUGCCGAGGUCACCUCCGGAAUCAUAGCCAGCUGUAUGCCGGCUUUACCAACCUUCUUCAGACACUUCAUCAAGCGAGCACGUGCCCUAAUCUUGAGCGCAAGCACCAGCUAUUCGUCCCGCUCGGCAAAGAAAGCGAUGGAAGUAAACAGUUGGCCCACCAGCUGGUCCGUACGUCAAAAGAAACAAUCGAGCGGCGGCCUUAGCAUGACCGAGCUCUGCCGGGGCACCAACUGCGAGCUAGAUGAUACUGAGCAACAGCAUGAGGAGCACACAGGACGUAUCUUCUCAGGGGCCAGUUACACGACUGCCGGUACUCAAGGGGGUAUACUUGAACUUCCAAACGUGGCGUCGGACAGUUAUACAUUCGACAAUCGAGGCGCUGGACAUGGGUUUGACUAUCGUACGGGGAUUCUAAAGACAGUUGAGGUGGAUGUUGCGUCUCAGCGAGUAUGA